GUCGGACGUUCAUUUGAAGUCAACAGCUGCGCGCCUGCGCACAGACGAGUUGUUGAAUUUCAAAUGCACGGCUGCCAUGACAACGCGUUUGUUUUGGAUUAGCGCUGUUCGACCAGAUUCUGCAGCUCUGCGUUUCCAGUGUUUACCUUUAUACAGUCUAUCUAUGGUGGCACUGUGAUUGUUGUGUAACUGAGAGUUGAGCUUGUUAUCGGAGAUGAAGAAGUGGAAUAGCAAGAACCCGCGUGGAAAACAACUCGGCAGAAGUAUCCUAGCUAUAGAAACCAUAGCUGUAUACAUAUAUACUGCUAAACAUAAUUUUAAUUUCGUCCCGUCUUAAUUCUUUUGCUGUUCUUCAGAAAUCACAAUAUGCGAUGAUGACGUGAUAUACUAACGACACGCGUGCAAGGCUAACGUGACCAGACUCGAGUUGGAUUUCGUGUUUGUUGGUGAAAGGCACGUUGUGCUGUCUUUUUCUGAUUUUUGAUUUUCGAUUUUCAAAGAAUGUUAGAUGAAAUGCAGUCAGAUUCGCGUGAUGACAUAAUGGGCCGCGUUAAUGGAGAAAAGGUGAAGAAGAAGAGAAAGAAAAGUGAAACUCCAGAGCAGCACGAACUCACUCAGAGUCCAAAGGUGCAGACUGAGAAGCAACGUGAAAAGGUGCAGAAGAAGAAGAAGAAGGAAUUGGAGAAUAUAAGUCUGCAGACACCUACAGACAAAAAGAAAAAAAGAAAACUGAAUGAAGGUGUGGAGGUUGUCACAAGCCUGCAUAAAGUAAAAGACAAGACAGCAGAGUCACAAGAGCCGCAGGGUCCAGGGGAACAGAAGCCUGCUAAGAAAAAGAAAAAGAAAAAGAGAGCAAAUGUGACACAGGCAGACUGUGAUGAGAUGACACAAGGGGAACAGCCUGUCCUGAUGACAGAACACGAGGAAGUCCAUCACAAGAAGAAAGAUCAGGAGAUGGACUUGCCUGAUGUAUUAAUUGGUACUAGAAAGCGCAAAAGAAAGCGAGCGCUGUUGGAUGAACCAGAAGUUGACCCCAAUCUCUUGAAUGAACUGAAAGAAUUUUGUCCUAAAAUAGAGUCCAGAAGCUCACAUGAAAUCAAUAAAAUGAUCAUGUAUGAUCUGCCGAGGUUCAAGGAAUUCAGAAAGCAAGGUAUCAUAUUGAGGCAUGGAAGAUACUCUGACGCAGAAAAUGAGAGGUUAAGACAGAACGUUAGAGAUUUUCUUGCUCUCACAGGAGUGAAAGAUGCUAUCAAGCUCUUUCAUCCAAAGCGUUUCCCAGAAGAGACACAGGAAUUGACAAAGCUGAAAAAGGUCUACAAGUUUUUUGAAAGGAUCGCGGAAGGAAUUCCCAGGCCUUGCCAUGAUGUUUUUAGCCGUGGAAGGAAAGUUUUUGAUGGUGAAAACUAUAAGGGAAGGUUUACAGAAGAAGAAGUCAAAUCAUUACUUAAGUAUCAUUCACUACAUGGCAAUAACUGGCAAAAGAUUUCUGAGCUGACUGGUCGAAGUGCUUACUCUCUUGAGAAACGUUUUACCCAGCUCAAUACUGCUAGAAAAAGUGGGCCGUGGUCAGCAAAAGAGGUGCAGAGACUUUUGAGGGCUGUGCAAGACCAUAUUGUAACGGUGCUGAAAUCUGAGUCCCCUAAUAAAACAACACCGAAAAGAGUCAGUAGAGAAAUACUGUACCGAAAAUUGCCCUGGUUCAAUAUUUCUCUGAAGGUGAAAACUCGAUGUUGGACCAAAUGCAGAGAGAAAUGGAUGUCCAUCCUCGCUGUGCGGAUGUCUUCAGGGACUUGUACAGGAAGGAAAGCUCAGGAGUCCAAAAUCAGACUCAUUAAAGUAAUGUAUCAAAUGCAAGUGGAGGAUGUUACGGAUGUCAACUGGGAUGAUCUCACAGCUGUUUUCGGGGAUGUUCCUCCAGCCUAUGUGCAAGCAAAGUGGCACCAGCUUAAAGUUUGCUAUGUGCCCAAUUGGAAGACCAAGUGUUUUGGAGACAUUGUUGACUUCCUCUAUGAGAAAGUCUUGCCAGGGAUGGUGAAAGACUGUGAAGACCUUGAUGACAAUGAGCUGAAGGUUGACCAGAAGCAGAGCUUCCUUCUAUCUGACAUUUUUAAAGACAUUGAGGAUCAUUCCGAUGACAGUGAUGAGGAGAGUGGCCAGAAAGAAGAUGACAACUCCUCUUGAACUAUUAUCACUUGUCAAUCAGACCUUAAUGAUUUCUGUAAAAAUCACAUUAAAUCAUACCCCAACUAAAGAAAAAUACAUUGUCGAGAUGUAUAUGUAAAAGAUGCAUGAUAAUUUUGUUUUAUUCUUGUUAUUCCAUUUAUUUUUUUAUCAAGAAUUUAAUAAACAAGAUUUGUAUUGUGCCUUUUGAA